CGAAAUUCAAAACAGCAUCAGUCGGUGGUGAAUCAAGUUAGAGUCCAUAAUCAAAAUGAAGCUAACUUUAGUCAUAGCAGUACUUUUAUCUUUCGUUGCUUUAGGGCAAAGUGAGGAUAUUCCCCCCUGUCCAGUUUGUCCCUCGGAUAUCUACUUGCCAGAUUAUAAUUGCAGCAGAUUUUGGCAAUGCUCUAAUGGAAUCGCCACCCUUAAGGAAUGCCCCUACGAUUUCCAUUUUAAUGCUGACGCUGACGUGUGCGAUUGGAUGUGGAACUUUAAACAUGACGUUCCUUGCAGACGAUGGACUGUAGACGAUCUUGUUUGCAAAGCACCAGAAACUACCACUAAUCGUGUGACAAUAGACCCUUCAGAUCCACCGCCCUGCCCAAAACACUGUCCUUAUUUUCUCCGUGUUCCUGAUGUAACAUGUUGCAGAUAUUUCUGGCAAUGCGACCAGGGUAGAGCCUACAGACAGAAAUGUCCAGAUGGUUUGGUUUUCGAUCCCGAAGCGAAGGUUUGCGAUAUUCAUAGGGGCCAGAAAAAAAGAGGGUGGACUUCUGAAGACCUUAUUUGUCACGAUAUAGCCACUCAAACACCUUUGAGCGAUGAGAACCUUACAACUAAACUACCUGGAAGACCUCAUUGCCCUGUAGGAUGCUCAGAACAAUUAAAUGUAUCAGAUCCAAACUGCACUCAUUGGUGGGUUUGCUCUAAUGGUACAGCUACAAAAAUGACGUGUCCUGACCACCUUUGGUGGGAUUCAAUCAGAAACAUUUGCGCUUAUCCGGAAUUGGCUUAUUGUGAUACAAAAGGAUGGGAUGAUAACAAAUUGAAAUGUCCGCCAUCCACUACCAAAAUGACUAGCACUACUACCGAAACGACUAGUACCUCUACCAAAAUAACUAGUACUACUACCAAAAUAACUAGUACUACUACCAAAAUAACCAGUACCACUACUAAAAGCCCAAGCACCACUACCAGAAAGACUAGCAGCACUUCUACCACGACCUGUGCCUGUCCCAUAUCGGAAAAACCACCUAAAUGCCCAGCCGGAGUUAACUACUUGAAAAACCCAGAUGAUUGCAAAUCGUACUAUCAAUGCACAACCGGAGGUGUCAUAUUGAUGCAUUGUCCAGACGGUCUUUAUUGGAAUGCCAAAGGAAAUUACUGCGAUUGGCCCAAAACUUCUGGUUGUAAGCAACCUACAUAAACACAUUUUGUUCAUGUAUAAUUUCUAUAAUAACUGAUAUUGUGAUAAUUUGUAUUAUUAUGCCUGACGUAAUUAGGCAUGAUGCAUAAAUUGGAAAUGUUUAUUUUUUUUUUCAAAAUAAAAACUCCAUUUUUUAAUAGCUGGGAAGGACGCAAAAUACGUUA